UCCCUGGGAGCCGUAAGUACUGAUGUAUUAGGGUGCAGCGCGCGUUGCGCCUUGACGCACAGCGCCCCAAAAUGAAUACCCAGGAGCAGGGCUUCCCCUUGGACCUCGGCGCAAGUUUCACCGAAGAUGCCCCCCGGCCCCCAGUGCCUGGCGAGGAGGGGGAGCUGGUGUCCACAGACCCCAGGCCCGUCAGCCACAGCUUCUGCUCUGGGAAAGGUGCCGGGAUUAAAGGGGAGACUUCGACAGCCACGCCGAGGCGCUCGGACCUGGACCUGGGGUACGAGCCCGAGGGCAGCGCUUCGCCCACCCCGCCGUACUUGAAGUGGGCCGAGUCGCUGCACUCCCUGCUUGACGAUCAGGACGGGAUAAACCUGUUUCGGACUUUCCUGAGGCAGGAGCGCUGCGCUGACCUGCUGGACUUCUGGUUCGCCUGCAGCGGCUUCAGGAAGCUGGAGCCCUGCGACUCGAACGAGGAGAAGAGGCUGAAGCUGGCCCGAGCGAUUUACCGCAGGUACAUCCUCGACAGCGGUGGCGUCGUGUCCAGGCAGACCAAGCCGGCCACCAAGAGCUUCAUCAAGGACUGCAUCGCCAAGCAGCAGAUCGACCCUGCCAUGUUCGACCAGGCGCAGACCGAGGUGCAGUCGAGCAUGGAGGCCAACACCUACCCCGCCUUCCUCAAGUCCGAUGUCUACGCUGAGUGCACGCGCGCGGGCGCCGAAAGCCCCAAGGCCUGCGGCGAGCCGGGCUCUGCGGCGGGCACGGGCAAGGGGGUCCCCGGAUACCUGCCCACGCUGAACGAGGACGAGGAGUGGACAUGCGACCGCGGCACGGACGAGGAGGCCGCUGGAGACCCCGCUCCGCCCGGCAGGCUCACGCAGACGCUGCUGCUGCUGGAAACCGCCGCCCCGCGGGCCUGCUCGAGUAGACGGUACAGCGAAGACAGAGAGUUCAGGCAUGGAUCCUGGCGGGAGCCCGUCCACUCCUACUAUGUCAACUCGGGCUACGCUCUCGCCCCCGCCACCAGCACCAACGACAGCGAGCAGCAGAGCCUGUCCAGCGAUGCCGACAGCCUGUCCCUCACCGACAGCAGCGUGGACGGAAUCCCGCCCUACAGGGCCCGCAAGCAGCACCGCCGGGAGAUGCAGGAGAGCCUCCAGGUCAACGGGCGGGGCCCUCUACCUCACAUUCCUCGCACCUACCGAAUGCCAAAGGAAGUCCGCGUGGAACCCCAGAAGUUCGCCGCGGAGCUCAUCCACCGCCUGGAGGCUGUCCAGCGGACGCGGGAGGCCGAGGAGAAGCUGGAGGAGCGGCUGAAGCGCGUGCGGAUGGAGGAGGAAGGCGAAGGUGGUGAUGUGUCCUCUGCCCCCCCAGGGGCCAGUCACAAGCUGCCUGCGGCCCCGGCCUGGCACCACUUCCCAGCGCGCUACGCGGACGUGGGCUGCGUGGGGCUGCGGGACGCGCACGAGGAGAACCCCGAGAGCAUCCUGGACGAGCACGUGCAGCGGGUCAUGCGGACGCCGGGCUGCCAGUCGCCAGGACCCGGCCACCGCUCCCCGGAGAACGCGCACAUGCCCAAGAUGGGGGUGCUGGGGGCCGCGAUGCCCGGACACGGAAAGCACGCGCCCAAGUCGGGGGCGAAGCUCGACGCGGCUGGCCUGCACCUCCACAGACACAGCCACCACCAUGGCCACCAUGGUGCCGCCAGGCCCAAGGAGCCGGCCGAGGCCGAGGCCUCCCGCCGGGUCCAGAGCAGCUUCGCGUGGGGCCCGGAGCUGCACGGCCACGCGGCCAAGCCCCGCAGCCACUUGGAGAGCCUGGGGACCCCUCUCAACACCGGUGACAGCCUGGCCUACAGCAGCAAGGCGGGCACGACCUCCAAAAGAAGCGCCAAGAAGGCCGAGUCAGGGAGGAGUGCCAGCGCAGAGGCGCCGGGCCCCUCCGAGGACGCGGAGAAGAACCAGAAGAUCAUGCAGUGGAUCAUCGAGGGCGAGAAGGAGAUCAGCAGGCACCGGAAGGCUGGGCACGGGUCGUCUGGGGCAAAGAAGCAGCAGGCCCACGAGAGCUCCAGGCCCCUGUCCAUUGAGCGUCCUGGGGCCGUGCACCCUUGGGUCAGCGCCCAGCUCCGCAACUCUGUCCAGCCCUCGCAUCUCUUCAUUCAAGACCCCACGAUGCCACCCAACCCGGCCCCCAACCCCCUGACGCAGCUGGAGGAGGCCCGUCGGCGUCUGGAGGAGGAGGAGAAGCGAGCCAGCAAGGUGCCCUCCAAGCAGAGGUAUGUGCAGGGGGUCAUCCGGCGGGGGCGCUUGUGCGCCAGGCCAGUGUGCACACCCGUGCUGAGUGUGGUGCCAGCGGUGUCCGACCUGGAGCUCUCCGAGGCAGAGACGAAAUCGCAGAGGAAGGCGGGCGGAGGGAGUGCCCAGCCAUGCGACAGCAUCGUUGUGGCCUACUACUUCUGUGGGGAGCCCAUCCCCUACCGGACCCUGGUGAGGGGCCGCGCGGUCACGCUGGGCCAGUUCAAGGAGCUGCUGACCAAGAAAGGCAACUACAGAUACUACUUCAAGAAAGUGAGCGACGAGUUCGACUGCGGCGUGGUGUUUGAGGAGGUGCGGGAAGACGAGGCUGUCCUGCCCGUGUUUGAGGAGAAGAUCAUUGGCAAGGUGGAGAAGGUGGACUGACCAGCAGGCUGGCCUCUGAGCCGGACUGGACCCCUGUCAGCUGGGGGCAGGGCGGCCGCCCCAGAGCCACAAGGCCGACCCGGGCUCCGGGCGCAAGGCAGGUGCUGCCUGCCUCACGGUCGCCGCCCCUUUGGUCCAGGAGGGCGCAGGCCCCUGAGGGUCCCCGGGGCUGGUCUGCUCCUCCGCUGGGAUUCUCAGAGCCUCCCCAACAGGGAGCCUGCCCUGGGGCCGCCUCAAGUCCCUCCCCAGCGGCCCCCUGCUGCUAACCGCGGGCAGCCCCUGGCGCUUACCGCUUGGGUUCUGCCCCCUCCAGGACUCGCUUGCCCUGGCCAGGCCCAUCCCAGAGCCGGGGUGCUGGGGGCCCCCGGGGCCUCCAUCCAUUGUACCUGUCACCGAGUGCCUUCAACACAGCUUGUCUCUUGCCUGCCACUGUGUGGACCCGGUGACGGAGCACCCAGGCCCUCCUCCGCCCUCGGGGACGGAGCGCCAGCUCAGCGGGUCCCGGGCUCCUCUAUUGCUGAGGGCCCGUGUAAAUAUGUACAUUUCUCAGGCGUGGGCCAGCGGGGGGCCGCCCCCAGCCCAUUUUUCAUGCGCUGACUUGUACAAUGAACUUUUCAAAGGUACUUGGAUAAUAAUGAAAUAAAACCAUUUUUGAACCUUC